CCAGGGCCGGGCAGCGGGACCCAGGCAUCCGGGCAGCUGCCAGUCCUGGCGAGGGCCCAGGCGUCCGGGGCCUGGCGAGGGCCCAGGCGUCCGGGGCGGCUGCGCUGCUGGUCCUCCCUCCCCCCCCCACCCGCCGCCAUGGGUGCUGCUGCCGCCCGGCCUCCCCCCGGCCUGGGGGCCCUCGCCGAGGAGACCGGCCUGUCACCGGCGGCUCUGACGCGGCUCCACGAGCGGUUCCAGGCCCUGGACCGGGAUGACAAGGGCCACCUCAGCCCCGGGGACCUGCAGGCGCUGGAGGGGCUGGCGCUGAACCCGCUCUGCGAGAGGAUCCUCAACGCCUUCUUCCCCGCCGGGGCGCAGCAGGCCGAUUUCGCCACCUUCGCCCGCGUCCUGGCCCAUUUCCGCCCAGCCGAGGGGGCCCCGAGCGGCCCGGGGGGGCCCGGCAGCCCCGGCAGCAAGUUGCGCUUCGUCUUCCAGCUCUACGACCUGGACGGCGACGGGCAGAUCUCCUACCGGGAGCUGCUGCAGGUGCUGCGGCUCAUGGUGGGGCUGGAGGUGCCGGACGAGGCGCUGGCGGCCGUCGCUGCCCGGGCCCUGCGCGAGGCCGACCGGGGCGGCCGCGGCGCCCUCUGCUUCGACGACUUCGCCAAGGCCAUGGAGCGCCUGGACGUCGAUCGCCGCAUGAGCAUCUGGAUGCUGAAGUGAUGCCUGGCGGGAUCCGGCUGGGGGGGGGGGGGGGGGGGAGCCGCUCUGGCCAAUCAGGGCCUGGCUCCGCCCCCUGCACCAGCUCCAGCCAAUCCGAUCUGCCUCACCACUGCGUGUAGCCAAUCAGCUUGCAGCUCUGUGCCCCCGCCCCCAGGUGGAUCCCAUAUAAAGAGAAUCCAGUCUGAA